UCUUCUAACUUGUGAUAUAUAUAUAUAUAUGAAUUUACCUUUAGAAGAAGCAAUUGAUAGUACAAAAAACUCCUCCAUCCAUCAGAAAUGUCAUCCAUUUCAAGUAUUUUCUUGGUUACUCUCAUUUUUGCUGCCUUAGCUCCAAGUAAAUCAGAUGGAGAAUUCAAGGAAUGGUGUAUAGCUGAUGAGCAAACUCCAGAAGAAGAGUUGCAGAUAGCUCUAGAUUGGGCAUGUGGAAAAGGAGGUGCAGAUUGUAGGAUGAUUCAAAAAAAUCAACCAUGUUACUUGCCCAACACAGUCAAAGAUCAUGCUUCUUAUGCUUUCAAUAAUUACUAUCACAAGUUUAAGCAUCUUGGAGCUACUUGUUACUUCAACUCUGCUGCUAUGAUUACUGAUCUUGAUCCAAGUCACCAGUCUUGCAAAUUUGAUUGAUGUUCCCUGAGAGAAACGAUUGGAGGUCAAUCUUGCAUUUGAUUUGAAAGUUGAGUUGAGUGAGUUGGUUCUCGGAACGAGUCAACUGAAAUUAGUUUCUGUCAGGUUACUACUGUAAUUUUUUCUUUUUCCAGUGAAAUUUGUAAUUUUUAUUUCUUUAUUAUAACCUAAGACCAUUGAAAAAAAAAAAAAAAAAAAAAAAAAACUGUUCGCUUGAAUGUGCUUAUCUAUGUUUUGUGGUGUAAAAUCAUAGCCGCUUAAAUCAAAUCAUUAUAUAAUUCACUUUGUUUGUAA